GCAAGUUACUGUUCAAGAAGAAAAUGUUAAUCCUGAUGAUUGUACAUUUCUCAAGAGGUGGUUUGGCCAGUUACUUUACAGCGAUAAGUGUGUAGUAUGCACUCACACAAAAAAGAUUGGGACGAAAUACCGCCCUUUAAAACCGGACGAGUGUGAACCAGGCACAUGUGUUGAAAAAAAGGAUUACUUGGCGUGUUUGAAAAAGUAUUGUACGAAACACAAAACUGAUGAUAAAAAAAAGGCAAAGAAGAAACGUAGAAAGGACAAAGAGAAAAAGAGGAUAAAAAGAAUGCGCGAGAAAGUCAAAGGUACAGGCCUUUCGAGUUUUAUUACUUCAGUAUUUAAGAACCCAGAAGAAGAUGACUAUACACAAAAGUUGUUGUCCGAUGAAGGAAAAAGACAGUACAAGACCGGGAAGGAAAAGGCAAAAAAGGACGAAAAAGAAACAACGGGGCACAAAUCGGAGGGGGUGCAUAAAUUGGAGGGGGCAGCAAAGAAAACAUUAGCAACAACCAGACGUGGUUAUAGAAGACUCACUAGAAGAAUUAGAGAGAGAUACAAUCGUAAUAAAAAACUCGCCGAAGAGCAAAAAGGCCAAUAUGCCUGCGAUUUCUACUUAAUGUCGUUAAGAACAAAACCUUGUUUGUGGGUGUAUUAUAUGUGUCCAUUGUUCUAUCCGUACUGUUUGCAACUGCUGAAUGUGUGGAAGCAGGUGUCCGAUCUCUUGCUGUUCUUCGUGGCCAUUAUAGUGUGGUGUCCGUGCAUCGCCUGCGCUGAAUGUCUCAAGGUGGUAGCCUGUAACAUGUGUGUGUCCUAACUAAAUUGUCACUUGUAUUUAAUUAAAUUGCGUGAGUUAAUGUU